AUGGGGAGCAUCGACAUCUCAACCUGCGAGAUCCCGCAGCUGAAGACACCGUGGAUCGAAACACCCCUCGUCGAGUCUGCCUGUCUCUCCAGGGCAGCAGGAUGUCGGAUCUUCCUGAAGCUGGAGAAUGUCCAACCCAGUGGUUCCUUCAAGUCUCGUGCAAUGGGAAAUCAGAUCCUCUCUCACCUUCGCAACCCUGCCAAUGUCGGCCGCCGGGUGCACUUCUACGCCUCAUCCGGAGGUAACGCCGGCUUGGCCGCUGUCUGUGCUGCCCGGACCCUGGGGUACCCUUGCACCGUUGUGGUCCCAAUGGCCACCAAGCCUUUGAUGCUGGACAAGAUUCGUGCUGCUGGUGCUGCGGACGUCAUUCGUCAUGGAGAGACCUUCUCCGAGGCUGGAGAAUACAUGCGGGAAACCAUUAUGAAGACCAGCAACGGGGACGACGAAGACGUCGUCAAGAUUGCCCUUCACCCCUUCGACAACCAACCCAUCUGGGAAGGAAACGGAACCAUUAUUGACGAGCUGGAGACUCAGCUCCCUCCCGCCACUACCUCAGAGGACAAAAAGGCCUACAGCAGCCGGGCCCUCCCCCUAGACUCCAUCAUCUGCAGCGUCGGCGGCGGCGGCCUCCUCAACGGCCUGGUCCAAGGCAUCGAAAAGCGCCGACAGAAGAAACAGGCCACCUCCUCCACCCAUCCUAACCCCAUCCACCUUCUCGCCAUCGAAACGGCCGGUACCGAUUCCCUGGCCGCUGCCAUCGCCAACAAAUCCCUCGUCUCCCUCCCCAAGAUCACAUCCCAAGCCACUUCCCUCGGUGCCAUCCGCGUCUCGGAAACAACCUUCCAGUACGCAGUCGCCCCACCCCCCGGCAUCCAGGUCCACAGCGCCGUGCUCUCCGACGCAGAUGCCGCCCGCGGCGUCCUCCGCCUCGCCAACGACGAGCGUCUCCUCGUCGAACUGGCCUGCGGUGUCUGCGUCGAGGCGGCGAUCGGCGAUGCUCCAGCCGUCUCAGCAUCGGGCGCUGCCGGAGCUCAGAGCAUCAAGAAGCGAAAGAGAGACUCCAAUGAUACUGCUGUCACAUACCGUGAUGAAGGUUACGGGGAUGACCGGUCCAUCUCAACUGAUAAUGAAACCGACCUUGAGAUCGAUGAGAUCGAUGGAAAGCUCAACUCGAAGCUCAAGCAGCUUGUCCCUGAUCUUAACCCUAAUAGCAGGGUUGUUAUCAUCGUCUGCGGUGGAAGCUAUGUUACUAUUGAUAUGGCUUCUGAGUGGCGGAAGAUGUUGGAUGAAGGUUGGGCAUGA